AUGUCACUUUUAACGAAGCACACUUCUCGUAAAGUAGGUACUUUGAAAAAAUCGAAAUCGAAAUCUAUCGAUAAUGAUUAUACUGUACAGGACUUAGCGUCAUUGCGCAGAAAACGGACUAUUGCUUAUAAACGGUUGUCUAAGGCGUUGGAAAUCGGUAAAUUGGCUUUAAGUGAUAAUUCUCAGCUUGAUUUGUUUUUAUCAUAUCAUCAGGAAGUUAAACAAAUCGCAUCAAACUUCGAAGACGCUCAUUUUGUAAUUAUUCGUUUAUUGGAUGACGAGGAAAUCGAUGAUAGCGAAAUGCAAGAGUCUUUUGAUGAUAUGUAUUUUCGGGUGUUGUCAAUGCAUCGUUCUUUAACUAAAAAUGACUCGUCCCAUAUCCCAAAAAGCUCAUCAUCAAAUAUUCGUUUACCUAAACUCGUCCUCCCGAAUUACUCGGGCAAUAUUAAAUUAUUUCCCGAGUAUAUUGAUACAUAUAACGCAUUGAUACAUAAUUCUACUUCUCUUUCGGAUACCGAAAAGUUUCAUUAUUUGAUAUCUUCUCUGAGCGGCGAUGCAUUGGCUGUAGUGAAGACUUUUCCUAUGUCUCACGAAUAUUAUCGGGAUGCGUAUGAAGCACUUGUUGCCCGUUAUAAGUGUAAACGGACCUUAGCUUUCACGUGUUGGAGAGAUAUUCUCAGUAUCCACUUUAAAUAUACUAACGCCUAUGAAUUUCAAAAAUCAUUAGAUCAGUUUGAGGAGAAUUUAAGUAUUUUAAAAACACUUGACUUGCCAACUGCACAUUGGGAUUUCGUUCUAGUUUAUCACAUUUUGUCGAAAUUAGAUAAAGACCUACGCCGAAGUUUUGAAGAAAAAUACUCUGACAUUGAAUUACCAUCAUAUGAUCAGCUCAAAAGGUUUUUGCGAUCUAAAUGCGAAGCAUUACUGCGCGAUACUCAUUUUUUGGACUUGCAUCAAACAAAUAAAUCUUUUCUCAAAACCGGUACGCCUAUGCAGUUUCAGCCCAAACGGAUGAACGUGUCACAUACACUUAUCGCCGCAACUGAUGCCACACCCGCUGACAACAAAAGCGGUUUGUACUAUGCAAAAUGUUCAUAUUGCAAUGAGACACAUUCUAUAUCAUCAUGUCCCGACUUCCUUCAAAAAUCACUUGAGGAACGUAUGAAAAUAGCCAAUGACAAACAUUGGUGCUUUAAUUGUCUGAAGCCCUCUCAUCAAUUAAAAAACUGUACUUCUAUUUUCUCGUGCCGCACUUGCAAACGUAAACACCACACCUUACUCCAUCGCGAUAAAACUAUCGAAUCAAAUCCUAUCUCAUCUUUGGUUUCAAGGUCUGAAUCAAAUACAACUGUAUUACUGGCAACUGCAAUCGUUCAGGUUAGAGAUGCUUCAGGUAAUCUGCAAUCGUUUCGAGCCUUAUUCGAUACGGGAAGUCAAAGCAAUUUCAUAACGGAAUCGGCCAUGAAUCAGUUAAAGCUAAAACCACGUCAUUCAAACGUGAGCGUUUCUGGACUGGGAGAAGCAGAAACUUCUAUAACUGGAGGUAUCACGUGUUCCAUAGCUACUAACGAUCGUGUUGUAUUUGAUACUGACAUGUACGUGAUUCGAAAAAUUUGCGGUGAUCAACCAAUCGCUCAUUUAAAUACAUCAAAUUGGUCACACAUUCAAUCGCUGCCGUUAGCCGAUCCUGGUUUCGAUAUUCCAGGACCAAUCGAUAUCUUGUUUGCUGCGAACGUAUUUGUAGAUUCGCUUCUCGAUCAACACAUCAAGGGUGGUGUUAAUCAACCUACGGCGUUUAAUUCUAUUUUUGGGUGGUUACUGUUAGGUAAAACUUCAUUGUCAUCUCAUACGCUUUUGCAUUCAGUUCCAAAUAUAGAUAUCGAUUUAAAUUCUCUCGUUCAACGCUUCUGGGAGCUGGAUUCCUUACCGUCUUCUUCAAGAUUGACUCCAGACGACGAGUUAUGCGAAAAGAAGUUUAUUAAUGAUCACACUCGAGACAUCUCUGGACGAUACAUGGUUCGCAUCCCUUUCAAGGAAAAUACGGAACCUAUUUUUGAAGGUUCUCGAAAUCUCGCUUUGCGAAGAUUUUAUGCAAUCGAACGAAGACUUUCUCGAGAUUCCAACUUGCGUUCUCAAUACACAGACUUUAUGAGCGAUUACAUUGAUAGUGGACACAUGUCACUUGUCCCAGCAAACGAAGUAGGUUUAGGGAAAUACUACAUCCCUCAUCAUUGCGUUUUACGUCCUGAUUCUACCACUACUCGUCUUCGAGUUGUUUUCGACGCUUCGGCAAAGGAUUUAAAUCAUCGGUCCUUGAAUGACACUCAACUCAUCGGGCCUAAACUACAACCGAAUAUUGUAUCAAUUCUUUUGCAUCUCCGGGAACAUAAAAUAGUUUUCAUGGCUGACGCUCGACAAAUGUAUCGACAAAUUCUUAUAUCCCCUGACCACCGUGACUAUCAACGCAUUUUUUGGAGAAAUACGCCGAAUGAGACACUUCAAGAGUAUCGUUUGAACACAGUCACUUAUGGGCUUGCUUCGUCUCCAUAUCUCGCAUGCCGUACUUUACGACAGUUGGCUAAAGACUGGGGAAACUCAUACCCGCUUGCUAAACAAAUCAUUUUAUCGGAUAUUUAUAUUGACGACGUUGCUACUGGAUUUCAAUCACUAGAAGCUGCUCAAGAAGCAAAAUCACAACUCAUUGCUCUUUUUAGUCAUGGAUGUUUUAUGUUUCAACUUAGGAAGUGGAUAAGUAAUGAUAUGCGAUUACUGUCGGAUAUUCCUAAAGAAGAUUGUUUAAUGGGUUCCGUAUCGCUUGACAACACAGAAAGUGGCAUUUUUAAGGUUUUAGGUCUCAAAUGGGAUCCCUCGUCUGACAGUUUCCUUUUUGAAAUACAGUCUUUAGAUCGACCAUGUACCAAACGUUCGAUUCUUGGCGAGCUUGCUCGUAUUUUUGACCCCUUAGGCUUUCUUUCUCCUGUUACGAUCCAAGCUAAAUGCUUGAUUCAGAAACUUUGGGUUCUCGGCGUCAGUUGGGACGAAACUCCACCUGUUGAAGUUGUUAACUCCUGGAAUACCUAUCGCGAGCAAUUACCAUUGUUAGGUGCACUCAAGAUUCCACGGCGAUUUACAUGUACUGAUGCGAGAUCAUGUGAACUGCACGGCUUCUGUGACAGUUCAGAGGCGGCUUAUGGAGCAGUUAUUUAUCUACGUGUUUCUGAUUCAAAAGGCAAAAUCAAUGUAUUUCUUGGCUGUUCUAAAGCUCGUGUAGUACCUUUAAAACGUACCUCGUUACCUCGACUGGAACUCUGUGCAGCUGUACUUCUGUCGGACUUAUAUAAAUUCGUACAUGACGCGUCCAUAAUUAAUAUAAAAAUUGAUGCUACGUAUUUUUGGUCUGACUCGACAGUCGUUCUUUCUUGGUUGCGCUCUCAUUCUUCUCGUUGGGCCACGUUUGUAGCUAACCGUGUCAGUCAUAUUCAAGAUAUUACACCUGCUGAAUGUUGGCACCAUGUGUCCUCUGGAGAUAAUCCAGCGGACAUAUGUUCCCGUGGACAGUUUCCCAGUGAAAUUGUCGGCAAUGAGUUAUGGUGGGCGGGACCUUCAUGGUUAUCGAAGGAUUACACAUUCUGGCCUCCUUCAUCAAUUACAAUAACAUAUGAAGAUAAAAGUGUUAUGGAAACUGAAACACGAAAAUCCAUUGCUUUAACGUCAAACACUAUCAUUGAUCCUACAAAGUCUGAAGAUAUAAUCAAUAGCUCGCUAAAUCGUUUCUCAUCAUUGUCAAAACUUAUUAACGUUUUUACCUAUAUUUAUCGAUUUAUCAAUAAUACUCGCAACCCUAAUCAGGCCAAUCGUAAUUGUUACCUGAAUAACGUCGAAAGACAUAAUGCAUUAAUGCGUAUUGUUAAACACGUACAAAAUGAAUCGUUUGUUAAUGAAAUUUUAUGCCUUAAAUCUCAAAAAUCGUUACCUAAACCGUUUCGGAAACUCAAUCCGUUUAUCGAUAAUCAAGGUAUCCUCAGGGUGGGUGGAAGAAUAUCGCGAUCUGGUUUAGAAUAUGAACAAAGACACCCUGCUUUUCUACCAUCCAAUCAUCAGUUAACGUCAUUGAUUAUAGAUUUUAUCCAUCGUAACUAUUUACAUCCAGGUAUAAAUACUACAAAUUUUUUAUUACUGCAACAGUUUUGGAUCGUUUCCGCCAAACGUAUCAUACGUCGUCAAUUAGCGAAAUGUAUACAAUGUUACCGAACUAAUCCACGACCUCUACAACCUUUUAUGAGCAAUCUUCCAUCUUACCGUGUUAACCAAGUGAAACCCUUCUCGGUCGUCGGUGUGGAUUUUGGUGGGCCUUUUAGAAUAAAGCUUGGUUCUCAUCGGGGUGCUAAGAUAGAUAAAGCAUAUCUCUGCUUGUUUAUCUGUCUGGCCACUAAAGCGGUACACCUCGAGGUGGUGUCGACACUCUCUACUGAAGGCUUUGUAGCUGCUUUGCGUCGUUUCAUAGGACGUCGUGGUAGAUGUAAUGUAAUACAUGCGGAUUGUGGUACUAAUUUCGUUGGUGCUAGAAACCAAUUGUCAACUUUAAUGGAGCAAGCGUCUAGUGCACAAAAAAUUGAAUUCAAAUUCAAUCCACCAACAGCUCCGCACUUCGGCGGGGUGUGGGAGAUUCAAAUUCGGGCAGCCAAAUCUCAUUUAUAUCGUGUGGUCGGUAAUCAAGUUUUAACGUUCGAAGAGUUAUCUACUCUUUUUAUACAAAUUGAAUCAGUAUUGAAUUCACGGCCACUAUGUCCCAUUAGCUCUGACCCUAACGAUUUAUCAGUUUUAACACCUGGACAUUUUCUCACUUUAGAACCUCUAACAGCUGUUCCUGAUGAAGAUCUAUCAAAUACUAAAGUUACUCGGCUUCAUCGAUGGCAAUUGUUACAAUCUUUUCAUCAACAUUUUUGGUUCAGAUGGAAGCACGAAUAUCUUAAUUCUUUAACGCAACGAGCCAAAUGGACCAAAAAAUUCUAA